CGACUAGACUCGAUCAAGCACAUUGGUUUGUGUUUUAGAAGUGAAAACAUUUAAAAUGCGUGAAAUUGUGCACUUGCAAGCGGGCCAGUGUGGCAACCAGAUCGGCUCAAAGUUCUGGGAGAUUAUAUCCGACGAGCACGGCAUCGACCAAACUGGCUACUACCGCGGAGACUCCGACCUUCAGCUCGAGAGGAUCCAAGUGUACUACAAUGAAGCCGCUGAUGGUAAGCGCUACGUGCCCCGUGCAGUGCUGGUGGAUUUGGAGCCAGGAACAAUGGAUGCCAUCAGAUCGUCCACCUACGGUCAGCUGUUCCGACCUGACAACUACGUCUUUGGACAAAGCGGAGCUGGCAAUAACUGGGCCAAAGGGCAUUACACAGAAGGCGCCGAGCUGGUCGAGUCUGUUAUGGAUGUCGUGAGGAAAGAGGCCGAGCCCUGUGACUGUCUCCAAGGUUUCCAGCUAACCCAUUCGUUGGGCGGUGGCACUGGAUCAGGUCUGGGCACGCUGCUCCUCAGCAAGCUGCGUGAGGAAUACCCUGACAGAAUCGUAAACACUUUCAGCGUGAUGCCAUCACCGAAAGUAUCCGACACAGUGGUUGAGCCGUACAACGCCACAUUGUCAGUUCACCAGCUGGUUGAGAACACAGAUGAAACAUUUUGCAUCGACAAUGAAGCUCUCUAUGACAUCUGCUUCCGAACGCUUAGACUAGCUUCCCCCACAUAUGGAGACUUAAACCAUUUAGUAUCGCUCACCAUGUCAGGAGUGACAACAUGUCUCCGGUUCCCUGGUCAGCUAAACGCUGACCUUCGGAAGUUGGCAGUCAACAUGGUGCCCUUCCCGAGGCUACAUUUCUUCAUGCCGGGUUUCGCCCCCUUAACAGCGCGCAACAGUCAAGGUUACCGUGCCCUCACAGUACCAGAGCUGACACAACAAAUGUUCAGUCCAGUGAAUAUGAUGGCUGCCUGCGACCCUCGACACGGGAGGUACCUCACUGUGGCCGCCAUCUUUAGAGGACGGAUGUCCAUGAAGGAAGUUGACGAGCAGAUGCUGACUGUCCAGGAUAAGAACUCCAGUUACUUCGUGGAGUGGAUCCCGAAUAAUGUGAAGGUGGCCGUCUGCGAUGUCCCCCCUCGGGGAUUAAAGAUGGCGGCGACCUUCGUUGGCAACACCACAGCUAUACAGGAAAUAUUCAAACGAAUAUCCGAACAGUUUACUGUUAUGUUCAGACGUAAGGCGUUCCUCCACUGGUAUACGGGAGAGGGAAUGGAUGAACUGGAGUUCACGGAAGCUGAAAGUAACAUGAAUGACCUGGUCUCCGAGUAUCAGCAGUAUGAGGAGGUCGGGGUGGAUGAUGCAGAAUUUGAUGAACAAGAAGAAAUGGCGCCCGAAGAAGAAUAUCCUGAGGAAUAAAUCACUAGUUAUAGAAAUAUCAACCUUAAUCUAAGGUCACAAGAUCAAUUUUACAAUAGCAAU